GGCCACUGAGAUUAAUAUGAUGCUUGCUUGCUUUAGACUGGCACAGUCGGAAUGAAGAGCGAAAGUGUGUCGUGUUGUGCUUUCUUCCCCGCAUUUUGGUUAGUGAAGCAAGGAUUCAAUAUUUGACACACACAUGCACACACAUACUAAACCUAGUCACCUUCUGGGCUCUUUCACAGUACCAAUAAUCGUACUUGGGCAUUUGGACGGUCUCGUGGUAGUUUGUACUGCUGCUUAUGGAAAUCAUCUUCCGCCCCGGACUUCACCCUUUCGAAGGAAAAGACGAUGUAACUUGCUUUCAUAUGCUCGAACAGAUGACAUGCUCUCGCGGCCCAAUCCCCACAAGCUUAGUCCAAGAUGUGAAGUUUAUACUCCGUACUCAACACUGAACUUGAGAGGCUAUUUACUUGCCUAUAACUAGUUACUUGGUUGGCUUACGCGGAUGACUAAGCUAAUCACGGCUGCUGCCUUCCCAGCCGGGAUCGAAUCCGAAUUUCGUCCCCUUUUCGCAAACAAACUGGUCUUCAUGAUCUUCAUUCAUUUUAUCGAUG